CGACUAUAAAUACUGAUUUGGUUUCCCAGUUAUUUAUUGGUUGUUUUGAUCGCAUCAACAAAACAAGAUAAACAACUAAAUAAUCCUAACAAUAAACAAUGGGUUCUUUGGUACAAUAUGUUGUCACAUUGAUUGCUGCGGCGUCUACUGUUUCCGCAUUGGGUGGGUUGCAAAACAUCUUUUUUGAAGAAAGUAAGGGGCAAGAUUUAUUACCAUUAUAUGCAAACCAUCAAGUUGCAACAUUAUUCUUAGACCAACAAGACUGGCCAGGUGUUAUUCGAGCUGGUUUAGAUCUCAGUGAUGAUUUUAAGAAAGUAACAGGAUAUUCUUUACCUGUCGUUAAUUUUACAAGUAACAUUUGCUCUUCUGUUCAUGGGCAAAUUGAUACGGCUAUAAUUGUUGGUACUAUUGGGAAUUCAUCUAUUAUUGAUGGAUUAAUUUCAAGCAAACAACUUAAUGUAAGUGAAAUCGAAGGUAAAUGGGAAUCUUAUAUUUCCAAGGUUAUUCAAAAUCCAGCACCUUGUAUUCAAAGUGCUUUGGUUAUUGCAGGUAGUGAUAAGAGAGGUUCCAUAUUCGGUAUUUAUGAUGUUUCGGAACAAAUUGGAGUAUCUCCUUGGUAUUGGUUCGCCGAUGUAGUACCCCCAGAACGUAAUCAAAUAUAUGUUUCUAAAUCUAUUGUCAAAACUCAGGGUGAACCAAGUGUGAAAUAUAGAGGUCUUUUUCUUAAUGAUGAACAACCAAGUUUAGCUGGUUGGGUACAAGCAAAGUAUCCAGAGGGUUUGUACAACUCCUAUUUUGUUCAUGAGUUCUACGUUAACCUUUUCGAAUUAUUGCUUAGGAUGAGAGCCAAUUUUUUAUGGCCAGCAAUGUGGGCUAGCAUGUUUGGAGUUGAUGAUCCUAAAAAUCAAUAUUGGGCUGAUUAUUACGGUAUUGUAAUGUCAACUUCUCAUACAGAACCAUUGAUGAGAGCGACUAAUGAAUGGACUACUUUUGGAAAUGGUUCUUGGGAUUAUAGUACUAAUAAAGAUAACAUUAUUGAAUUUUGGAGAGAAGGAAUUAUUAGAAGUAAACCAUACGAUAAUAUGUGGACAACUGGUAUGAGAGGAUUUGGUGAUACCCCAAUUACAGGAGGGGUUGAAGUUUCGUUGUUAGAGGAUGUCAUUAAAACUCAAAGAGAACUUUUGGGUGAAUACUUCAAUGAAACUAAUGUUACUAAUAUUCCACAGGUUUGGUGUUUAUACAAAGAAGUCCAAGCUUAUUAUCAAGAAGGAAUGUCAGUUCCAGAUGACAUUACUUUAUUAUGGGUUGAUGAUAAUUGGGGUAAUGUAAGAAGACUUCCAGUUUCUAAUGAAACAUCAAGAGCAGGAGGUGCUGGUAUGUAUUAUCACUUUGAUUAUGUGGGUGAUCCAAGAGAUUUCAAAUGGAUCAAUACCAUUUCAUUAGAGAAGACUUGGGAACAAAUGCAUUUGACUUACGAAAGAGAAGCUGACAGAAUUUGGGUUGUUAAUGUAGGUGAUUUGAAGCCUUUAGAAGUACCCAUCGAAUAUUUCUUUUCAUUGGCUUAUGAUAUGGAUACUUGGGGACAAAUAAAUACUGUCAUGAAUUGGACCGUUGCUUGGGCAGAAAGAGAAUUCGGAGCUUACUAUAACGAUGUUGAAGAAAUUGCAGAUAUAUUAGAUCUCUAUGGAUUUUAUGCAUCAAGAAAGAAGUACGAAUCAUUAAACACAACUACCUAUCACUUAUAUAAUUAUAAUGAAGCUGUUACUAUUCUUGAACAAUGGUCUAAUUUAACAGACAGGGCUUGGGCCGUAUACAACAAAUUACCCCAGAAAGUUCAACCAUCUUUCUUUGAAUAUAUUCUUCAUCCUGUUGUUGCUGGUUACACCGUCUAUGAUAUCCAAAUCUCAGCAGGUAAAAACCACCUAUAUGCUGAACAAAGAAGGAAUCAAGCAAAUUCUUUAGCACAGUAUGUUCAACAAAGAUUUCAAGACGAUUUCAACUGGAAAAAGGAAUAUGAUGCCUUACUCGACGGCAAAUGGAUUCAUAUGAUGGAUCAGACCCAUUUAGGUUAUGAUUAUUGGCAACAACCUAUGAGGAAUACCAUGCCGCCUGUUGCUUUUGUUCAAUCAGCAGAAGAUGCAUUAGCUGGAUCAUUGGGGUUGACAGUUGAACAAUCAAGAGGUGCUGUGCCUGGUGAUGAUCAAUAUAAUGCUGUUGCCUAUAGUAAUAACACAUUGGUUCUACCUGUAUUGGAUCCAUAUACCCCAAGCAGGUAUAUUGAAAUAUUCAACAGAGGGAUUUAUGAUAUCAGCUUUAAUGCAACAGCCGAAAAUGAUUAUGUCACAAUCACUCCAUCAACAGGAGCUAUUUCUGCUACUAAUAAUAGCAUUUGGAACUCAGUCUUCCUUGAAGUGACCGUUGACUGGGACAAAGCCCCAGAUGGAUACAAUAUUGAUUUUAUUGAUAUAUCUUCCAAUUCAAGCUAUGGAUUCUUUGGUGAACCUUCGGUUCAUUUACCAAUAAAUAAAACAAGUGCACCUUCCAAUUUCAGUGGUUUUAUUGAAUCUGCUCAAUUAAUUUCAAUUGAAGCUGGUCAUUUUACUAAUAAUAUUUCAACUAAUGAUACAUACUAUGUUGAAAUUGACAGAUAUGGUAGAACCUUAUCAGGUGUAACAUUGUUCCCUGUCAAUGCUGAUUCACAACAAGCUAGUGAUGAUUCUUCGCAUUUAGAAUAUAACUUUUACAGUUUCACUGCUCCCCAAUACGGUGCAAAUGUCACAGUAUACACUUCACCAUCAUUGAAUGUUAAUCCAUACCGUCCAUUGAAGUAUGCCAUUGCAGUUGACAAUGAGGAACCUCAAAUAGUUCAAAUUGUGGUUGAUCCGACCGAUCCAACUGCUAUGCCAGCAGGAUGGGAGACUGCAGCAGAUGAUGGAGUUUGGAUUCAUAAUACUACCCACAUCCUUGAUGGUGGAGAGCAUGUUUUAAAGUUAUGGGCCUUAGAACCAGCAGUUGUUUUCCAAAAGGUUGUUGUUGACUUCGGAGGCGUUGUUGAAUCCUUCUUAGGCCCACCUGAAACAUAUCAUCAAGAUUAGUCUUGAAAUAUUUCAUAUCGAUAAUUCUACGUAGUUCAAAAUAUUUUCUAUUCUUACUUUAUAAAUUU